AUGAUGGGAUUCUGCAGUGUCCUAGCACCAUCCUCGAGCAAUCAACGCGCAUUGGAGCGCACAAGGCAGAUAAAGCCCGGCAAACGGUUUGCGGCUCAUGGCGGCGUCAUCGGCGUGGAGGAGCCGUGGGCCCUUCGUCUGGGACUUUUCACGGCGGCUCGUGAGCUGGGCGACGUGGAUACCCGUGGCGAUCUGCUUCAAUACGUUUGUGGCGGAAAUCACCUUUAUCAAGGGGGUUCCAUGUAUCCGUUCCUAAAUGGAGACAAGGAUUCGACGCUGCGAAGCGACGCCGCGCUCAACUGGAAGCUAUACCCGCACCUCGGACUGGCGCGGGGCAUGAUAGUUACCUUCAAGUAUGUUUCGACCAGUGUGCAGGGCAUUCUCGAUCGCAGUUAUCCCGUGCUAACCUCGAGUCACCCGGCUUGGCAGGUCCCCCUCGACCCGGAAAAGACGGCCGUAAAGCGCAUUGUCGGGCUAGAAGGAGAUCUCGUCUGGUCUCGACACGCCAGCCACUAUGACGCCAUCCGCGUGCCAAAGGGCCACAUAUGGGUGGAGGGCGACGCCGGGAACGACAAAGAAUCGCUGGACAGCAACACGUACGGCCCCAUAUCCGUCCGCCUAGUGACAGUAUACAUCUGCGCCGGCAAUGUUUAA